UUCAGACCAUGUCUGAUAAAUUGCUUAAACCAAAUCUCAUAUGGUCAUUUUGUUCACGAUGUCAUCUUCAUCGGCUCCCCCCAAUAAACCCUAAAGAUUUUGAGCUCCCGAAGUUCAAAGACCCUCGAGAAUCCGGACUUAAACAUGGACUCACCUUAGACGACAUUCAACCACCGCCUACCUAUGAUUAUAUUGUGCUACCAAAAGACAGGAAGCUGGCAUACGUCCCAUCGCAGCCUAUUUUGGCCAAAGAAGAGAAAACCGGGAAGAGGCUGCAUGAAAUAAUAGGAGUUGAAACCGACUUGAAGAAGAACACUGUUUUGAGCAAACAAUUUGGAAUCGUCGCUUUGAGCGGAGGUAAUUUUCUACACGAGAAUUUCGAGCACGUACGAAAUUCUGUGAACUCUCAGAUCGAAGACAACAUGUACGCUCAGUGGGUUAUUCCGCCGCCAUGGAAACCGGUCACUAAAAAGUCGCAAGGAGCGAGAAUGGGUGCGGGCAAGGGCGAUAUUCAUCAUUACGUCACACCUGUUAAAAAGUUCAAUGUUAUUUUUGUGAUUGGAGGCAAGUUCCAAUACGUGUACAUCAAAAAAUGGAUCGAAGCACUCGCUAGAACUAUGCCUGUUCCCGCAUUGGCUGUUUCUUACGAACAACUAGAAGCCAUGAAAGAAGAAUAUUUUAGCUCAAAACAGCCGGAAGGGAAUCCAUUCACGGCCAAAAAUAUAGUAGACUACAACAUCGGAGGACUCAGGACAAACCGAUUUGGACCUCUUCAAAUCAAACACCAUCUUGAGUUCUCAUGAUUGAAAAUAAAUGAAAUUUGAGCUGAAUUGAAUAUCUUAAAUAAUGGCUAAGGUAAUUUCACUAUGCAGAAAACCAUAAUGAAAAAUUGGUUGUCUGCGCCAAUGGGAUUAUUUUCGAUAUUUGAGCUCAAAAGCGAUUGAAUGAAAUAUUUGAUUCAAUGCCUUCGAGACAUAACAAAGCUUUCAGAUGCUUGAUUUUCUCCUGCUUAUGUUUUUUAUGUUUCGUUUCACGUGUUUCAGUUGCGCUAUGGCAUUCUUUUUGCGUAGUGGGCCAUACCCGAGAUCAGUGGUAGAGGUUAUAAUCAACUUAGUUUUAUUUGCCAUGGUCGUCAUUUCGUGGACAUAUGCAAUUUAUGGAGGCAGGUACUUGUCCAAGUUGGUCAAGGAGAAUGGAGGCGAACCAUUGACAAAAAAUUUCAUUUCCGAUGAACUUUGAAAUUCAACAAAACUUAAUUCUAGUCUUCUGUCAGCUGAAUUCCUGCGGAAUUUCGAAAUUUUUUAAACUAUGAACUGUAUAUGAUAGUUUUCGAUUGUUCAAUAGUAGUUAAUAUAUGUAUGCUCUAUGUUUAUGUAAAUAUGUAAAUAUAAGGAAACGUUAAUUUAGUCUUUGAUCUGCAAA